AUGCCAUUUGGCUUGAAGAAUGCAGGAGCAACUUACCAAAGACUCAUAGAUAGAACUUUCCAACAUCAGGUCGGAAGAAAUAUUGAAGCCUAUGUGGAUGACAUAGUCCUCAAAAGCCAUGAAGAGAAUGCCAUGAUAGCUGAUAUCCAAGAAACUUUUAAAACAUUGAGGGGCAUCAAUAUGAAGCUAAAUCCUUCCAAAUGUAGUUUUGGAAUGGAGGAAGGAAAAUUCUUGGGACACAUAGUUACCGCAAGAGGAAUAAAAGCCAACCUUAAGAAGAUUCAAGCAGUUAUAGAUAUACCCUCUCCAAGGACAAUGAAACAAGUGCAAAGUUUAAAUGGGAAGUUGGCUUCCUUAGCACGAUUCCUUUCUAAAGCAGCUGAUAGAUCCCUCCCAUUCUUCAAAACCUUAAAGGGGUGCUUAAGGAAGCAGGAUUUCUCUUGGACAGAAGAGGAUGAAAAGGCAUUCCAGGAUAUGAAGAAAUUUUUGGCUAACCUACCAACACUUACUGCUCCAAUACCCGGGGAGACACUCACUCUUUACUUGGGUGCCUCCAAAGAAUGUGUAAAUGUUGUCUUGUUAGCAGAUAGAAGAAGUUCUCAGAUGCCCAUAUACUUUGUUAGUCGGGCAUUAAAAGGGUCCGAGAUAAACUACCCGGCCUUGGAAAAGUUAGCCCUUGCUCUAGUCCAUUCGGCUAGACGCCUUAGAAGAUACUUUCAGGGACAUCCUGUCCAAGUUCUCACAGAUAAGCCCAUCAGGCAAGUCCUCUCAAAACCUGAGGUGUCUGGUAGGCUAGCUAAGUGGGCAAUUGAGAUCGGAGAGCACGAAAUAAUGUUUCAACCAAGAAACGCAAAGAAGGGCCAGGUUUUGGCAGAUUUUUUAGCAGAAGUUGACGGUGAAGAAAAAGAUGCAAGUAAGGAAGAAGAAAGCCCACCAUGGACUCUUUUUACUGAUGGAGCAUCCAGUGCUGGAAGAUCUAGAGCAGGCCUCAUCCUUAUUGAUCCAGAUAAAAACGAAUACACCUAUGCCCUCCGUUUUGACUUCCUAGCCUCCAACAAUGAAGCUGAAUAUGAAGCUCUCCUAGCAGGGCUAAAAAUAGCUAGAAAAAUGAAGGAAGAAAAUAUUCAUACUUAUGUUGAUUCUCAACUGGUAGCAAAUCAGAUAAAAGGGGCAUUUGAGGCAAAUCAAAAAACCAUGCAGCUUUAUUUGGAGGAAGCCAGAAAGGUCAUCUCAGAAUUCAAGAAAUUCAUCAUAGAGCAGGUUCCCAGGAGCCAAAACAAGAAGGCUGAUGCCUUAAGUAAGCUUGCAUCUUUAACCUUUGCCCAUCUUACAAAGGAAGUGCUAGUGGAGGUGUUGGAAGAAAAAUCCAUAGUGCCAAAAAAGGAAGUUUUUCAAGUAGAAGAAGCUGAAUGUUGGAUGACCCCACUAUACAAUUUCAUCAAAGAUGGAACCCUUCCUGAAGAUAAAGAAAGUGCAAAGAAAAUAAGAAUGAAAGCACCAAUGUAUCUGAUCAUGGAAGGAUCUUUGUUCAGAAAAUCUUUCCUUGGUCCCCAUCUUCGUUGUGUAGGUCCUUUGCAAGCAAAAGAACUCAUCCAAGAAGUACAUGGUGGAACAUGUGGUAUCCACUCAGGACCAGGAUCAGUUACGACCAAGAUCAUGAGACUUGGAUACUUCUGGCCAUCUUUAUAUCGAGAUGCCAAGGAAGAAAUUGAAAAGUGUCAAUCAUGUCAGAUGCAUGCACCUGUGUCCAACAGGCCUAGGCGAGAUCUUAUCCCGGUUACAACAGCAUGGCCAUUUUACAAAUGGGGAAUCGACAUAGUCGGAUCAUUUCCUCGAGGCAUUGGUAACAUGAAAUUUUUGAUAGUAGCUGUGGACUACUUCACAAAGUGGGUAGAGGCAAAGCCGUCAGCAACCAUUACAGGGCAACGGGUAAUCAAUUUUGUGUGGGAACACAUAGUAUGCAGAUUCGGAGUUCCUCAUGUGAUGGUUAGUGAUAAUGGGAAAUGGCAAAGUACUACAAUAAAAAAGUACGCCCCAUGA